AUUGAUUUUCCCCAGCCAGGAUCUGGUGCAAGGAGCAUUAGCAGAUCUCACUGCAGAUAUGCCAGAGGCAGAAGAGGCUCUAACAUAUCCCAGGCGGAGGCUAAAGUUCAGCAAGAUUGCUCAAGAGGGUGACCAAGAUGCCACAUGGAUUGGUAAAGGUUGUGAUAAGAUGCCAGUAGCACAUCCUUGGUCAUCUGUUUAUGAUCCAGUGGACCCAACUCAAGGACAACCAGAUCAGAUUCCAGUGUCCUUUGAGGAGGUGGUGGUGUGCUUCACUGAGGAGGAGUGGGCCCUGCUGGAUCCGUGUCAAAGAGCCCUGCACAGAGAAGUCAUGUUGGAGAAUUAUGGAACUGUGGCCUCUUUGGCAGGCAAUGGGUGGAAAAGUGAUACUGAGGAAGAUAUAUUUACAGUGUCCUGGAGACGGGGCAGAUCUGAACAGGCGAAAAAACAGAAAAGGAAAUCAUCUCUAACCAGAAAGAAUGAGUUCUUCCCUUCCCAACUAAGUGAUUUCCAAGAAAUCCCAGUGCGAGCAAAAAUGGACAAAGCCAAGAAAAGAUAUAGGUGCCCUCUCUGUGGGAAAAGCUUCAGUUUUAAGUCAAGGCUAAAUCUCCAUUGGAGAAUCCACACUGGGGAGAAACCAUAUAAAUGUUUGGAGUGUGGGAAGUGCUUGUGUAGCAAUGCCAGCCUUCAGACUCAUCUGCGAAUGCACACUGGAGAGAAACCAUUUGAAUGCUUGGAGUGUGGAAAGAGUUUCAGUCGGAGGCAUAAGCUUGUAAGCCAUCAGAGACUUCAUACUGGGGAGAAACCAUAUAAGUGCAUUGUGUGCGGAAAGGGCUUUUGUGAGAUCUCGAGUCUUAAGAGACAUCAAGGAAUCCACACGGGGGAGGACUAUAAAUGCUUGGAGUGUGGAAAGAGUUUCAGCCAGAAGUCAGACCUUAGAAGACAUCAAAGAAUGCACACAGGAGAGAAACCCUAUAAGUGUCAGGAGUGUGGGAAAAGCUUCACUUGGAGCAAAACUUUGAUUUACCAUCAAAGAAUGCACACGGGUGAGGAUCCAUUCAAGUGCUUAGACUGUGGAAAAAGCUGCAGUACAGGGUCUGAUCUUAAUAGACAUCAAAGAAUGCACACGGGGGAGAAACCAUAUAAAUGUCUGGUGUGCGGGAAGAACUUCACUCGGAACAUACAUCUUACUUCUCAUCAAAGAAUGCACACAGGGGAGGAACCAUAUAAAUGUUCAGAGUGUGGAAAGAGCUUGAGCACAAGCUCAGCCCUCGCUAGGCAUCAGAGAAUCCACACAGGAGAGAAACCAUAUAAAUGUCCAGAGUGUGGAAAGAGCUUUACCUGGAGUACAUCCCUGACUUCCCAUCAGCGAAUGCACACUGGGGAGAUUCCCAUGCCUAAGAAUUGUCAGAACAUGGAAAGAACUUUGGUUGAAGUUCAGAUCAUCAUAUAAGGAGUUUCUACUCCAACAAAAGCACAUAGAGUUUCUUUGCCCAUGCAAAGUUUAAUUACCAUCAUGUCCUUGCUUAUUUCCCUCUGUCUCUAUUUUAAGCCUCUCCUGUUAAGUUGUAGACAAAUAGGAUCAUACAGUGAUUGACAGAAAGUUAUGACAGCAACAUGCCAGUUCACAAACCAUACAUGUCUAUAAGAUCUAUACUUUGUUUAGUGGACAGAAACGAACAUCACCAGGCAUCAUGUAUUAAACAGAGGAGCUAUAAUGCUAAGAGUGUAUCAUUAGCUGGUCAGUUUUCAUUGCCUCAUUUUCAGACAUUGAUAAAUAUUCUCCAA